AGUGUUGCAAGUGUCGUAAAACUCAUACGAAAACGAAACAGAACCUAAUUCACAUUUGUGUCUGAUGUUUUCCCAACUACAGAGGAUCGGAACUGACCCCAAUGACCCCUCGCUUCAAGGUGGCACAAUCCCAGGUAAGGAAGAUCCUCAGAGCUCGGGAGAGCAACCACCUCCUAAUCCAGGUGACUCUUCUAGCUUGUCGUCCAGUGGCGCACAGUCUGGGCAGUCUUCGGGGAGUUCAGGGAACUCGGGUGUCUCACAAACACAGACGGGAGAUACAGGUAGUUCACAGAAUAGUGGUACAGACAGUUCACAGACUGUUGGCAAAGGUAGUUCACAGACAGGUACUCCAAACAGUUCACAGACAGGUAGUUCACAGACGGGUGAUACAGGUAGUUCACAGACAGGUGGUACAAACAGUCAACAGACUGGUGGCACAGAUAGUUCGCAGACAGGUACUUCAGACAGUUCACAGACAGGUAAUUCAGACAGUUCCCGGACUAGUAAUUCAUACAGUUCACAGACAGGUACUUCAGGUAAUUCAGACAGUUCACAGACAGGCAGUUCAGAUAGUUCACAAACAGGCAGUUCAGACAUUUCACAGACAGGUAGCACGGGAAGUUCCAAUAAAGUAUCCCCUAGCGCCCCCGACGCACCACAAGGCGCAGACCAAACAGCAACAAUAGAAGCAGCAGAUAGCUACAGCACCACUGCAGCAGAUGCCGAGGUGGCUGGAGGAGGGGGAGAUAACCCCAAAGCCAUAGAAUCAAGUCCAGGCGGAACCACGCCCCCAUACAGCACAACUGGUCCAGAGAACGAGACAAGUCCGUCAUCAGACAGCCAAGACAACACUGGAGCUGAAGAAACUACUCACCCUGAAGACAGCAAAGAACUUACAAUAACAACUUUAACGCCUGGUUCAGGGACGCCAGUUGAAAUUUCAACGUCAGGGGGCGUGACUGAUGCCACAACGGUUAAUGGUUCUACUGCCGGUGAAAGCGAGACUGGACCCAUCACUACGGAAGCGGAUGAGGGAAGCACGAGGGCAUUUUCGGAGAAUCCAACAGCUGCGGAUGUUGUGGAGCGUUUGGAGAGUAUAACCUCGACCCUGGGAAGUACAGACGUCACUCAGAUCGGUGUUCCCGAGAGUGGGGACGAUGUGUCAACAGUAACGUCGCAGGAGAAUUCGUCGGCAGACGUUGUUUCUAGCCCCGGGGAGGAUAAGAGUACUUCACAAACACAGCUGACGACGCAGGCUAUGCAGGAUGUCGUCAAUACGAACGCGGGAAACAGAGGAGAAGAUACUACACAGAAGACUGGAGGAUCUGUCGCUUCGACUCAGACAGGAGUGUCUGGUGGUGAUGAUGAUGAUGAUGGUGAGGGUGAUGGUGAUUUCGGCAAUGAUGAUGGUGAGGGUGAUGGUGAUUUCGGCAAUGAUGAUGGUGAUGGUGGUGAUGAUGGUACCGCAGAGUCCGAUCAGGGCGCGGCGACGACAGGAAGCACGGCUGGGAAUAAUGGCGGCGGGAAUCCUUCAAGUGGACCGAGGGAGCAGGGGAGUAGUUCAGGGCAGCGGGCUCCCUCUCAAGGGGACGGAGGUAGUGGCUCCCGUG